UGAGGCGAGGGGCUGAACAAGCAUGCCUUUUAUAUGUACUAGUGACUGAGAGAGAGAGAGAGAGAGAGAGAGAGAGAGAGAGAGAGCGAGAGCAGCUGAAGGCAGAGACAACUGGUGUGUGCACAGCUUUCCCUGGAGGAAAUGGAAAGAAAGAAGCUUCAGCGAGGAGACAGGGAAGGAGGGUAGCAUGCCGGCUUGAUAGAGAGAGAGAGAGAGCGAGAGAGAAGGAGGCUGGAAGAGAUUCUCACACUGGCUGUGUCCUAAUCCGAGUCCAUCUCCUGGAGGCAGCGGAGCAGAGUGUUAGUGAAGUGAGUCUAAGAGGCGAGGAGAGGUACAUCAGCUAACACACACACACACACACACACACACACUAGGAGUCCACAAUGUGUCCGGCUUUGCUUCUGUGAAAGUAAAAGAGGGAGGCAAGGAGAGACUGACUGCCACGGUCCCAAGCCCAUUCGGCUCUACUCACACACACACACACACACACACACACACACACACACACACAAACAUAGUGUUUGUGUUUCGGCUCGAGGUGGUGGAGGAGGUGGCAGUGCAUUGGGGUGGGGUGGGGGGCACCCAGGACAGGACAGGACAGGGCAGAGCUGGGGUACCGGCGAGGAGGAGCAGGAGGAGGAGGAGAGAGACAAAGUGGAUGAGAUCAGAAGCAGCACAUCCAAAGCUGGAAAUGCCCGUCAGAUCGCCUGCCAAUCAGAGCCUUCGUUAAGAGUGGCCAGGGCGCCAUAUUGGGAGAAGGAUGGCCACCAUGCCGUUUGUCAGUGAGGGGAAGUGCGUGAGUGUGGAGUGGGAUUUCCUGCAAGGACUACUGGCCAAGCCUCCUACCCUGCCCUGUCUCCAGAACCUGCGCAAAGAAAAGUCGCGCAAUGCCGCCCGAUCGAGACGCGGGAAGGAGAACUUUGAGUUCUUCGAGCUGGCCAAGAUGCUGCCCCUGCCCGGCGCCAUCACCAGCCAGCUGGACAAGGCGUCGGUCAUUCGGCUGACCAUCAGCUACCUGCACAUGCGCGCCUUCGCCAGUCAGGGGGACCCGCCCUGGAGCCCCCUGCUGGAGGGAGACAGCAACUGCAGUAAAGUAAGACGGACUUCUCAUUCUCUGGCCACUGACAUAUUUGAACAGCACCUGGGGGCGCACCUCCUACAGUCUUUGGAUGGCUUUGUGUUCGUGGUCAGCCACGAGGGACGCUUUCUUUACAUCUCAGAGACAGUUUCUAUCUACCUGGGACUCUCACAGGUGGAGCUGACAGGCAGCAGCGUGUUUGACUACAUCCACCCGGCCGACCACGUGGAGAUGGCCGAGCGGCUGGGGAUCAGGCCUCAUCUGCGGGCCGAGGCCGGCUGCCACACGGGGCCCGAGAGCGCUCCAUCCAGUUCCGCCUCGGCCUCCUCCCUGGCCGGGACGCCCGAGCCCGCAGCUCCUUCCAGUCCUCAUUCUCCCGCUGAUGAACCUCCCGACCGCGGCUUCUUUAUUCGCAUGAAGUCCACGCUCACCAAAAGAGGUUUGCACGUCAAAUCCUCCGGAUACAAGGUGAUCCAUGUGACUGGGAGAAUCCGCUACCGGCCCGCGCUGGUUCCGGGCUCCACGCGCUCCGUGCACCGACCGAUGGGACUGGUGGUGCUGGCACACACCCUCCCCCCCUCCACGCUCAACGAGGUCCGCAUGGAGAGCCACAUGUUUGUCUUCCGGGUCAACAUGGACCUGCAGGUCACAUACUGCGAGAACAGGAUAUCCGAGUAUAUGGACCUGACCCCAGCUGAGGUGGUGGGACGCACCUGCUAUCACUUCAUCCAUGUGGAGGAUCUGGAGAACCUGAGGCAAAGCCAUGAGGACUUGCUGAGGAAAGGCCAGGUGGUGACGGGCUACUACCGCUGGCUCCAGAAGAGAGGCGGCUAUCUGUGGAUUCAGUCCACGGCCACCGUGUCCAUAAACCACAAAGCCCCCCACGAGCGCAACGUCAUCUGGGUGAACUACGUCCUCAGUCGAACGGAGAUGCCCGACACUCCUCUGGACCUGCUGCAGCUUCCAGAGAGCGUCCGAGUGGAGCGACUUCGAGUGAGCUCCCCUCCCACAAACAGCUCCCCGCAGGCCAGAGGCUCGCAGCCAGCGAAGGGCUCAGUGGGGAAGAGCGACCCCGACACGAAGGGCAGAGACAAGUUCGUCACCGCCGCCGUGCAGUCAGACACCAGGAGGAAGCGCCUGCUGAGGCCCGAGCCCGAGGGCGCCCCCCCUGAGAGUCGCCGCAGGCUGGAAGACCUUCGGCACGCCGAGGAGAGCGUGUCGGCGUCCUCGGACCUGGCCAGUGAGAGCGAGGGGGAGGAGGAGGACGAGACGGAGUGGGAGCAGGGGGGAGAGGGGGACAAAUUGAAACAAGAAGACGGGGGAGGGAAGCAGAGCAGGGCAGGAGACACUCCGACAAGAGGUGAGAGGGGGGGGAGGGUGCACAACGGGCGAGCUGUGAUCCAGCAGCUCAAAAGCGUCGUGACCCCGUCCCCCCUGCCUGGCAGCCCGAGCAUCAAGACUGAACAUGAAGCCCUGGCCACUGGGGGCCGCUGGGGGUCACACAGCAGCCAGCCCCAACCCUCUCAUGCACACACCCCCUCCAGCAGCCUUAACGGCGACAGCCCCGCCACACCGGUACCCGACUCCUCGUCCAGCAGCGAAGCCCCACCCAAGGGCUUGUUCACCCCUCCUUCCCCGGCUUUGUCCCCGGUUAUGUCCGUGUCCUCCCCGCUACCUCGUGAGGAGAGGUCUGUGCCAGGGGUGGUCAGUCGGAGCGGCGGGGGUGGGCCGGGCGGGGGCCCUGACUUUGAGCUCCUCCAGAGACUGGCUGCGGGGGGCGCAGCGGGCCGGGUGCUCUUCCAUCCCCUUGCCCUCGGCCCCCAGGGCCCCCAGAGCUUGUAUGCCCCCAGCACCAUCCGCUACGCUCCCCCAGAGCUUCCCCCCUCUCAUCACCACAGCACCGGACACGGGGACGGCCUUCAGCUGCGCUCGGACCACCACAAGGGGCCCCCGCCGGCCUUCUUUCCGCAUCUGCAGCGAUUAGCCGGCUUGCCGCCCUUCAACGGCUUCUCCCCUUCGGACAGUCCCUUCUCCUCCGGCCUGCCCUUCUGUAUGAACGGACUGAGGGGGGCCGCCGGCCCCGAGGAGGACUGAGAAGGGAGGAGGGCGUUCGUAAAGAUGACAAAGAUGUUGAAAGUGGCAGGACAUUAAGCCUCCGAGGAUGCCGCUAAUUGGACUUGAAUAACUGGGAUGGAAAUCGUGUGACAAGGCGUCGCAUCUGGGAACUGUGACAAGUUGACGGGGGCUCUCGGACAAAAAAAAAAAAAAACGGGACCGCAUUUGACGGGAUCUCCCUCAAGACUGUACGACAAAAUAAUGAAAUGCGCGUCUUUGGACGGACGACUUCAGUGUUUCUUCCACUCAGAGAAGCCAUAUUGUACAUAGACGCCACAACCAUGAAGACCCUCAGCUCACAUAGCGAUAGCACCCCCCCGCCCACCGCAGUUGACCCAGUUAACCCCCGUAGAGGACAACAAAGAUGAACACUUGUCUGAGAGACUUUUUAUCAUUGCAGUAUUCUACCAAUCAUCUCUUGUUGAUUCCUUGCAAACAGAUGGAGGUGUUUUUCUAUGGAAAAGAAUGACAAAAACAUUCAAAAGCACACAGGUGGGGCAAAACAUGGGAGAUUCCGUGAUGUUUAAGGGAAGAAAUGCAAUUCUUUUCCGUGUGUGGUGGUAGGAAGCUCAUUAACGAUAGCGUCGUGCGUCAUGAAAGCCAUAUUUGUGUUGUGAAUUGGAGUCGCACAAAAUCAUCACAAGACAUUUCGGGCGCUCAUUCUCAGCACUUACUGACACCUUAAAGCACUUGUUCAAGCCGCGUGGUCCUGCUCACACUCCAAACGACGUCACAUAGCCGCUACACUGUGCGUGUGCGUGUGUGUGUGUGUGUGUGUGGGCGUGCAUGUGCAGCGGAGGGAAUAAAUAGUCAUUGAUGAUAAAGUAACGGACCAUAAAAACGGGUCAUAAAAUGACAGCCAUUAAAGUCCCAGUCGGGUCAGGACACACGUUGGGUGGAAGCUGUGGAAUAGAACCCUCCAUUUAAAACAAAACAACAAAAAAAGUCACUUUACUUGAGUUGGAUUUCACUCACGAGUGGAAAAAAAGAAGUCACUUUGUGUGAAAGGAUGACGGUUUGUACAAAAAGAUAACAAAGUGUAAGAAAUGUUCACCUGGUAGAGACCAUCGUCAUCAUCAUCAUCAACAUAAUAAUAAUCAAGCAAGAAGCAACUUUUGACAUUCUUGAGCACUUUGAAUCCCUGGAGGUCAUGAUGUGAAAUAAAGCACGCCUCAUUUCCUUUCA